AUGGUAUGUAAUUAACAAAUAAUUAAGUAUAUAAAUUAAAUUAAUAUAUUGACUAAUAUAACUUAUUUAUCUUAUAUAAAUGCAUCUACAGAGCUUGGAUCCUGGUACUCCCCAGGAUGCACCGAACUAUGCCACCUUCCUCCGCCUCCACACGUACGCCGAUGGAAGUUAUACGUCGGAAAGAGAUGCUAGAAUUGACGCCGAGGUUCAUCGACUGGCCGCUGCCACAGGACGACAGGAGCGGCUAGACGAGGUGUAUUUGGAGGUGGUGCAAAUUGAUAGGUCACGGAUCUACGGCGUCGGGAGUGCCGGGCAGAGUCAGGCUAGUAGGGGGUCUAUCCGCAGCACGGGCAGUUCUGCGGUGUCUCAGCAGCUUUAUGAGACACGGAUCUCCACGCUGGAGGAGCGAUUGGCGGCAGAGCAAGCACAACGCCAACAGAUGGAGGACCGCAUGGCGGCAAAGCAAGCAGCACGCCAACAGAUGCAGGACCGCGUAGCUCAAUUGGAGGCGUUUAUGAGGAUUGACUCUGAUAUUCAGGCUUUGUCCACUUGCUGCAAUGGCUUUGUUUCUUUGAAUCAAAACCCGAGGCGUAUGCAACUCUUUUCGCUGUACUAUUGGCUGUGA